CACUGAGCCAGAGCGGUGUCACAUGCCAGCAGUAACCUCAGAGAUGGCGUCUCCACAUCCCAAAGGAGCUGAGAUUUCUUCAGGCUGCAUUGUUGUUCCAGAGACUCAAAGUGCUGCCAAAUCACAUAAAGCAGACAUGAGGAGGAGGAGGCAGACCCAACAGAGCCCAUUCAAAGUGCCAGACAGUAAAAACAUUUUCCUGCUGAGCAUAAAUGAAAGAGGGGACCAAAAAGAGGAGCAGCGUAAAUUCCUGGCUCUGCCGAUUGAUGAGAAGACGACCCACGCUACACGAAUGAUGGCCAAGCUGGGGAAAGAGCUGGAAGAACACGUGGAGGGGGAGGAGGAGGAGGAGAAAGAAAAGGAGAAGAUAAAGAAACAAAUCAAGAGUAGGACAUUUGUCCCUAAACAGACUGCCAGCAGACGCGAGUUGAAGAUGGCCAUGAUGAAACGAGAAAACUUUACCAAAGAAAGCAAACAUGACUUAAUCUCCAUGGAACGACAGAAGGCGGUGCUUGAGUUAUCUCUGAUGACAAAGAGGUCGGAGAUUUUGAGGAUGGACAAAGCCAUUGCAAAAGAGGAGGCCCAGCUGAGACAGCUUGAGAAGAUCAUCGAGAGAGACAACCUUAGCUUUGAAGAGUUCCUCAGGGAGAAUGAGAAGAAGUCUGUGGAGGCCAGAACAUUUUUUGAACAGGAGGCCAAGUCCAAACAGGAGAAAAAUGCUGAGAUCAAGAAACUAACUGCUGAAAUAGGGACCAUUAAAAGUGAACUUGCCAAAUUUGAAGAAAUCCUGAUAGACUACAAGAGAUACAAGGAGCUUCUGUUUGAGCUGUCUCCUCCAGAGUGGCAAGAGGCCCAGAAGACCAAGGCUAUGAAAGAUAAAGUCAGGGAGCCCAAAGAGUCCGCUAUUAGCAACGGCUUGGAGAGCAAGGUUUCCAGUCCGGGUCGAGAGCUGCCGUCCAUCAGAGAGACCAGGCUGUCUUCAGCCCACAGCGACACACAGAUCACAGCUUCUAAACUUGAUAGCAACAGCUCAGAAUAUGAGGAUGAGCCAGAGCUGUACUUCACUGAUCCCCAGCAGCUACUGGAUCUGGUGACAGAGCUGACAGAACAGAACUUGUCCCUGAUUCAGAACUCUACAAGGUUGGAAGAGACACUUGAAGAGCUCCGACAUUCCAUGGAGACCACCAGAAAGAAGAUUAAAAAGGAUGAAGAGCAGCUAACAUUGCAGAUAGACGACAUGAUCCAGAGAAUUGAAGUAGAGAAGACAAGAGGCAACAAGCUUAUGCAGAGGGUCCAGCUGCAUGUGUCACUGAACACACAAGACCAGGAUGUCAUGUUGGACGCUCUGGGUGAGAAGGUGGUGGAGGUCCAUCGCUGCUGCGUGGAUGACAGGAUCACCAACCUCAGCACCCUGGAGAAGCUGGCCAACAUCGAGAAUCGCAUGUCUUUACUGCUGCAGAGCCUCGAGAGCAUACCUGAAGAAAGCUUAGAGAUGAUGAAGAAGAUCAAGGACAGUGAGAGGAGGAGCAGGCAACGCGAGGAAAAGCUGAGAGAGCAGAGGGAGAAACAGAAGGAGAGGAUGAGGAGAUACCUGGAGAGAUCUCUGGCUGACUCCAAGAAAAUAACUGGGAGAAAGCUCAUGCCCAGAUGCAAGCCUGUUGCCCAGAGAGUCCCAGUCAGCAAUGUGGACGACACUCCUGCUGAGGAUGAGCUGCACGCCUACCUCUUCACCUCUGACGACAUGGAGUGA